AUGUCGGUAACAUUGGACGAGGACGCCAUCGACGAGAUUCUGUACCUCGCGCGGGCAAACGAAGCACACGAGUUGGAAGAAUUCCUCUCAAAUCUUUCCGGGCAGACGCAGAAAUCGAGGACUGAGUUGAUCUCCGCUGCAGUCGAUCCGAGCUCGAAGAAUACUGCUCUGCAUUAUGCGGCUGCAAAUGGACAUGUUGACGUGCUGAAGCUUCUACUCCCUUCCGACUCGCGCAAGGGCACCGCGCCUCCUUCGAGUCCGGUAAACGCGAUCAAUGACGCCGGGAAUACUCCGCUUCACUGGGCAGCACUGAACGGACGUCUGGAUUGCGUCAAGCUCCUGGUAGAGGCUGGGGCGGAUGUCACUAUCAUAAACAAAGCUGGUCAUGAUGCCGUCUUUGAGGCGGAGAUAAAUGACAAGGGAGACGUUGUUGAUUGGCUGCUUGGAGCAGUUGAAGACCUCGAGAAAGCCGUUGGGAACGGCAGUGGAUCCUCCGCCGAACAAGGCGAGGGAGACGAUAUGGAUGUCGACGAGACUGUAACCAUGAAAGCAUCCACCGACGGAGCAGCUCAGCAAGCAGAGACUUGUGGCGUCGACGAAGUCCGAAAAGCGAUGGAGGGCAUGGACACCAAUGAUGGAACCUCAGAAGGCGGGUGA